CCGGCGCCGACGUUCAUCGUGUUAUCUCGCGAUUCGUGGUCUCGUGUGCUACCAGAAGUGCUCAGUCAAUCGCUGCCGUGCCGACAGUCCACCGCUGGACGCGCUCCCGCCGUAAAAACCUGCGGACAAAAGCAGAGCUCACUGCCACGCGCCGCCGACGCGCGACACGGAUGUCCGACGCACAGCCGACGCCCAGCAGCGUGCGCGUCGAGAUAGCCGUGGACGGCACUAGCAGCUUCGAGACGAGCGGGACCCUGCAAGAGACCGCGGCAGCCACGAACGCGCACCUCACGGAGAUCGUCGAAAAAGACAAGACCGAGCGCGCCGCCAAGAAGGCCAAAGCCUAAGAAAUGGGCGCGAAGUACGAGCGGAGGCGCCGCCGCCGCCGCAUUAUAGUCGUCGCAUUGGUAGCCGCCGUAGUAUCACUCAUCGCGUACGCCACGGCGCCCACAUCUCCAAAGGAGCCCGACCGCUACCCCUGCGACGCGUUAUUUGCGGAACACGACGCGAAAGCUCCCGAUCAAUCAGCAAAUGAUCCCUUGGACGCGCUGCUGGACACGAACCUCCUGUUGAGUUGUUUUGGUGUUAUAAAACACUGGCGCACGGCGACGCUGCCGCUCAUGCGUUUAUCAAUACAGCACGAGGGCGGCGAGGACGUGCAAGAUGUGGACGGUGCGCAGCCGCUGAAAUAUGCUCUGAGGGCGGCCGACGCGGCCAUUCGCGAGAUGCCGCCUCAGGGACUAGUGGUCGUCACGUCGGCGUCGCAGGCGUGGCCGCUCAUCGCGGCGCUGCGGGCGCGCGACGACAUCGACGUCGCCUCGUCACGGAGGAACGUCGACGCCGCGCUCGUCGUGAGACGAAGGAAUUCGAGUCCCCCAUCUCUAGAACGGCUGGACCUGAGGACUCUGACGAAGCUCGAGUGGCCGCCGUCCGCGGAGGUGCUCGAGACGCUGGAGUUACCGCAGGAAGCGUUCCCACAACCGAUGGAGCCGUCUGACUUACUCAGGUGGCUCUCGCCGACACUGCAUGAACCGUUCUCGCCCGAAAAAGCACGAGCAGCAAGGGACGCCGCCCACUGGCGCGCGUCGUGCUAUUCAUCCCUAAAGAGCGACGGCGCGCUCGCCGCGAAGCCGUGUUUCCAGGCGCACGAGAGACACCAGCGCUUGUGGCACACGCCGUCCUCCUACGACUCCGUGCCGCUCGGGCUGGUCGCGGCGGCCCACGGCGACGUGAGCGCUGCCGUUAGUGCUUUGACAGCUGCCUACAAGACGGACCCCGCGGCGACGCAGAAAUUAUUGGAGAGGGCCGCGGCGGCGAUCGCGCCCACGUAAGUGCU